UUUCACAUGUUCACUUUCAUUUCAUGAUUUGUUGUGACAUCGGACUCAUUCAGUUAGUGUGCCCGGAUCAUCGCAGAAAUGUAUGAAAAGGAGAAAGAAAAUUUAAAGCGCUGCAGUGAUUAUUUCACAAAGACUUUACGACCGUCAUUCAUCAAAGCCUUCAUGAUUGAUCACCUGGAUAAUGUGACAGUGGAGACGAUUUUGUCUGAGGAGGAGACGUCUGUGACUGCAGCUGCGCAGUUGCUGCUUGAUAAGAUGUAUGAUCUAAAUACAGAGGGCUGGUUUCAAGCCUUCAUCGACAUCCUAUGGGCCUCAGAGUAUAAAGGUCUGCAUGCGGCCAUUACGAAUUGGGACUUCAGUCAGUUUGAAGCCUUGCAGGAACACAGAAAGACUCUGGAGAUGAUUGAACCGUCCAUCGCUAAACACAUGAAGCCCAGUGAGCUGCUCACACACAUGAGUGACAUUUUCAAACAAAAAGAGGCUGAGGAGAUCAGAGCUAUGGAAAACAAUCGUGGUAAAAUAGCUGCCAGUGAGAUGAUGGUGAAGAUUCUCCUGCGUUCAGAUCAACCAAGCUGGUUCAAAGUGCUGAAGAUGGCUCUGGAGGACUGUAAUUUAACUCACGCCUACCAAUUACUGGAACCAAAUGAAAAGGUUUUAAAGGUACAGGAUGAGGACAUGGACACCUCCACGACAGAAACAUUGUGUUUUGAGAUAAGAGAAGAAGGUGAAAGUGAAGACACCCUGCCGAUGAGCGCCAACGACAUCAGUCAUCCAGAGAUGUCCGGCGGGACGACAGGGGUUGGGACCAGUGUACGUUCAGGUGAAAGGAAACUCAGAGAAUAUCAGAAGGAGCUCACCGCUGCUGCCGUCAACGGACAAAACACCAUCAUCUGCGCUCCUACAGGAUGUGGAAAAACUGUUGUUGCUUUGGCAAUCUGUGAGAAUCACCUGAAACAGUUUCCUGACAAAACAAAGGCAAAGAUCGUCUUUUUGGCAACAAAGGUUGACGUCUAUGAACAGCAGUAUAAACUUUUUAAGGAGCAUUUCCUUAGCAAAGACCCCAGCAUCAGGGUGACGGGGAUGUGUGGUGAUAUGGACGAUCUGCCUGUGCUUUGGCUCAUUGAGAAUCAUGAGAUAGUGGUAAUGACGGCCCAGAUCCUGGUCAACGCUCUUCACAGCGGAGAGGUGGCGUCUCUUGAGCUGUUGACACUCAUACUACUGGACGAGUGCCACAACACAACCGGAAAACACCCGUAUAACAACAUCAUGACCCGUUACUUGGACAUUAAACUCAACGGCAGUACACACUCAUUGCCGCAGGUUGUGGGAUUGACGGCAUCAGUUGGCAUCGGAAGUUUCAAGAACCAGCCAGAGGCAGAAAACAAUAUCUUACAACUCUGUGCCAACCUGGACAGCAGAUCCAUCACCACAGUGAGCAAACACCUGGAUGAGCUCAGGUCUUACGUGCACACACCUAAAAAAGAGUUUUUUGAGGUUUCUCAGCGGACGUCUGAUCCCUUCAUCAGAAUCAUCAGACAAAUCAUGAGUAACAUUGAGCAGCUGGCACAGAAGGUCUACAACAUCGAUAGCCUGACAAACAUCCAGAACCGUGAGUACGGCUCUCAGACGUAUGAGCAGUGGAUCGUAUCCGUUCAGAAGUGCUGUCGAGUUCUGCAGAUGAAUAACUCUGAGGAGGAGAGAAGAAUCUGUCGAGCGCUCUACAACUACACUGAACAUCUGCGGAAAUAUAAUGACGCUCUGAUCAUCACUGAGGACGCCCGAACUAAAGAUGCGUUGGAUUAUCUGGAUGCCUUUUUUGAAGACGUCCGAAACGCCGGCUUCGAUGAAACUGAAAGGGAACUCACCGCCUUCUAUGACAGUCAGCGGGCGCAGUUGCAGGAUUUGGCCACUGAUGGGCAGCAGAACCCUAAACUAGAGGAGCUGAAGUUCAUUCUGGAGGAGGAAUAUCACAAUGAUGAUCAGACUCGAACCGUCCUCUUCGUCAGGACGCGAGCCCUCGCUGACGCAAUGAAGAAAUGGAUCGAAGAGACAGAUUCCCUUAAAUUCCUGAAUCCCGAAAUUUUGAUCGGAAAAGGACGGAAAUCCAACAGCUCGAGAAUGACUCUGAGCGGUUUGAAGGGCGUUCUGGAGUCUUUCAAAAGUUCUGAUCACAGUAAGAUCCUCGUCGCCACAUCUGUCGCUGAUGAAGGCAUCGAUAUCCCACAAUGCAACCUGGUGCUCAUGUAUGAGUAUGUGGGGAAUGUGGUGAAGAUGGUACAAGUUAGAGGUCGUGGUCGGGCACAGGGCAGCCGAUGUUUUCUUAUCUCCAGUUGUAAGGAGCGGAUUGAGAAGGAGAAGCUGAACAUGUUUAAGGAGCAGAUGGUGGAGAAAGCCGUCACGCGUCUGCAGAGCAGCCCUGAUGAACUCAGUCACAAGGUGGACAUGCUACAGAAAGAAGAUAAGGUACGAAGAGAUCACAUCAGAUCCAGUCCUGACAAACCCAAAACUCAGGCCAGCUAUCAUUUACUCUGUGCCAAAUGCAAGACUUUUGCUUGUUCAAGUGAUGACCUCAGAGUUGUGCAGGAAUGUCAUCACAUCAUUCUGGAUCAUUCCAUCUUCGACCGCUGCACAACCGCUCCUCAUAAGAGACCCAAAACCUUCUGUGGUCUCACGAAGAAAGAGAAGAUGCUGUGUGCCGAGUGCAAAUUUGACUGGGGAAUCAUCGCAUCAUAUCUCAACAUACAGGAUCUGCCCGUGCUGAAGAUCGAGAGUUUCGUGCUGAAGGACUGUGAGACUCAGAAACAGCUCUACUUUAGAAAAUGGCGCGAUGUGACGUUCACCAUACGAGAGUUUGACAUAACAGAGAUCACACCAGAAACCUGGCCAUCAACCCCUUAAAAUAACAAUGUACGGUUAGAGGAACACUGCAUUAUUUGACAAAAAACUUCAUGACAAACAACUAAAAAAAGAAAAAACUAAACAUGUCACAUAUCUUUGGAAAGCUGAGAUUCUUGUGAUUUGAAUGAUGUAAGAUACAAUCAACACAGCAGGCACAAUUAGUGUCUUUUUAGGCAAUAGUUUUUAGCCCUUUUCAGGAAUUUAUACAUUCAUGAUUACAUCCAUGACAUUGUAGUUUGUGUCUAAAACAUCUUAAAGACAGAAGAUUAGAAUAACUAUUAACAGUCCAAAAAUGAUCAAGUCAAAGUCCACCAUAAAAACCCUGCAAAUGACUUAUAUAUUAAAAAUAUACAUGUACAAGACUUAAAAAGUUGUAUUGUAUUUGUGACCCUGGACCAUAAAAAAACAUUCAUGAGUUGAGAUUUCAUUGAGAUUUCUACAUCAUCUGAAAAAAUUAGCUUUUCAUUGAUGUAUGGUUUAUUAUGAUAGGACUAUCUGGAAUCUGAUAUAUAUAAAACCGUUUAACGCACAGGUAGUUCCAGUCAGUUUGAUUAAAGUUAGAAAUUAAUCCACUACUAUAAACAUUGGUAACCAUAGUAACACAGUUACACUUGCAGAGAGAGCGAGAGAGAGAUUUCCAACUGUUUGAUUUUUGUUUUCAUUUAAUUUAAUCCAUUUCAAUAAAUGUAAUGUGUCCUUAUAUAGUAAUCGUGGUUAGAGACGUCGGUUUUAUUUCACACUUUACAUAAUUCAUUUAAAUAAAUGAUUAGUUCAAAUAAAGAUUGCCUUGUCACUGUCA